UCAACCUUUUGCUGUUACGGUACUUUCAAAGGACUUGCAUAUAUAUCUACAGAGUUAUAGUUAUUUACAAGUUAUAAUAUCAUUGAUUAUUUAGCUAAGGAUAGAUGAAGUGUUACUGCUCACACCAGAGAUGUUAUAAGCAUAUGAGUUGUUAUAGUUGUUAUUGUUGUCACUGUUAUUAAUGUCUUAGGAGUUGCUUGGGUUUUUCCUAGAAGGUUUUCAUUGCUUAAUAAAAAAAGAGGGGGGAAAUGUAGGAUACGGGGUUAUAAUUAUUAAAGUCGCUAAGGCUUAUGCUCUUGAGAAGGCCCCAUGGCAAAGGCACAGCUGCAGGCUGGACGGCAGAGCCGGCUGAGGGGUGAGCGUGAGGAGAGAGUCAGCUGGAAGUGACACUGUGAUUGGCUGGAGGAAUGUGUGGGCAGUGUAUGAGCAGGAAGCUGAUUGGCUGAAGGAACGCGUGGGCAGUGUAUGAGCAGGAAGCUGAUUGGCUGAAGGAACGUGUGGGCAGUGUAUGAGCAGGAAGCUGAUUGGCUGAAGGAACACGUGAACAGUGUAUCAGUAGGAAGCUGAUUGGAUGGGAGGACGCGUGGACAGCAGCGUGGCAGCUGAGCCAGUCAAUGGGUGCCUUCUUUCUGUUAAGUUCUGUUAAGUCCUCGUUUGUCAGGUUGAAAUUAAAGGUAUAAAAAGGGGCCAGUUUUUACAGUAAAGAGAUCUCCUUCGGAUGCAUGAGGGGGUCCGUGUCACUUUGUUCCCCACUGCUGCAAGAGCUAUUCUCUUUCAGCUCAUUCUGUUUGUUUUUUCCAAUACUCCACUAAAUGUGAGUUCAGUGGAUGGAAACUAGAAAAGGACCUAUAGAUUUCCCUUGAUAACUCCUGCACCAAGCUCCAACAGUUUGAGGCUCAAUAACGCUAAGGUCAGAAAACUGAUAUCCUUCUUGAUUCAGAGCCCCUCCUGUGUGUGUUAACCCUUUCACAUCCCAGGUUUAACCUGGCCUACAUGACACUGGCUUGGUGAUUGACUACAUGCCUGAAAACCAUCACUGCCUAGUCCAGAGUUAAAUGCUGGCAGCAUGUUCCCUAUCACUUCAGCUUUCCAAGAAGAGAACACUGGUAACAUUUUUCAGGUGCAAGCAUAUCACCUAUCCCGGGGUCCCAGCGACCUCUCACUGCUCCUCGCCAUCUGGUCCUGGUGGUGAGGGUCCCCUGCCGCCGCCAUGCCGCUCCACGCCGAAGAGUACAGAAUUCCGUGGAUUAAUACACACUUGGGCCAGGUGGGAACGCCCCCGAGCCUCCCGUGCAGCUCUUGUAAGUACUCACAUGACAUCAUGAAUGCAGAGAACAAGAAAGUUCUAAAAAAACAUGAUUUGUCUGGCCUCAGCGAGAAUGAGCUGCAAGUCCUGCUUCUCCAAAACGAUCCAUUCUUCCUCCCUGAUACCUGCCAGUUUUACAACAAAAAAGGUUGUCACUGUAUGCAUCAAAACAACUGCAACAAGCUUCAUGUUUGUCGACACUUUCUCCAGGGGAAAUGUAAAUUUCCUCGAUGCAUAAUGUCCCAUAGCCUCUUGGAUGACCAUGCAAUGAGAGUGUUGGAAACUGUAGGCAUUGAUGGGAAGAUAGCUUCAAACUUCCAGGCUAUAUAUGAUUACAGGCAUGUUGAAUUCAACAGGGAACAGAGGAGGAUGCAUGUACACAACUACAGAAAUAAUUAUUGGAAAAAGCCAGAAGUUAAAAGGAUUAAAGAACCGAAGACAACUUUAGAAACAGUGCAAUGCAUGCUGGAUGUGCCACCUUCAGAAGGUCCCAGUAGCCCUGUACCUGCCCAGAGCCAAGACCAGUUGCCAGCAGGAGCGAGAGAUAAAGAUAAAGGUCCCAGUAGCCCUGUACCUGCCCAGAGCCAAGACCAGUUGCCAGCAGGAGCGAGAGAUAAAGAUAAAGGUCCCAGUAGCCCUGUACCUGCCCAGAGCCAAGACCAGUUGCCAGCAGGAGCGAGAGAUAAAGAUAAAGAUAAAAAGGACAGUUCCUCUGAUGAAGCUUCAAAGGACAACAAAAAAGAGAAUUGUGAUGAGAUCUGUUUGUUCUAUGUCUGGAAGUACUGCAAGAAUAAGGAUAAAUGCGAAUCUGUUCAUUACCAUUUGCCAUAUAAAUGGGAGAUACAUGAUGGGUUGAACUGGCAUGAACUUCCCAUGAUGGAGGAAAUUGAAAAGGCCUACUGUGACCCAAAGAACAGCAGCUUGCCAAGUAGGAAGAUUAAUUUCCAGACAAUGACCUGCUGUUCUUCUUUGGUUCGACGCCUCUCUACACCAUCAUCAGUCACAAAACCCACAUUCCUACUGACCACACAGUGGAUUUGGUACUGGAAGAAUAACCAAGACAAGUGGAUUGAAUACGGAGAACAGGAAGAAGGGAGCAGCACGACCUCACCAUCUUCUGCUAUUAUUGAGAAUUUGUAUCAAGCAGAUCCAGGUGUCAUUGUAGCUUUCCAGGCUGGCCAACAUCAGUAUGAACUCAAUUUUAAAGAAAUGACUCAGACAAACACUAGUUUUAAAACUCAAAGACAGGUUUGCAGGCGACCAAAAUUCGUGUCUUCUGAAGAUGUGCAGAAGAUAAAGACAGGCAGCCAAAGGGAUUCUUCUAUUCCAAAUCAGACCUGUCCUAGUCACUGGGAUGCAUCUGCACUGCCUGACUUGGGAUACAAGGCAGUGGUGGUCAGCAAUGCAACCUCUGAAUACAAUGAAAUAAAGCAGCUGUUUCAUCAGACUAUGAAAAAUUACAGCAUCCUUAAAAUACAGAGGAUUCAGAAUCCAUCCCUCUGGAAGGUGUUUCAGUGGCAGAAAGAGAAGAUGAAAAGGGAAAAUGGAGGAAAGGAAGUUCAGGAAAAACGCCUGUUCCACGGAACUGACGUCAAUUCCAUGGAAACAAUCUGCAGCCUGAACUUUGACUGGAGAAUUUGUGGAAGCAAUGGAACUAACUAUGGGAAGGGAAGUUACUUUGCUAGAGAUGCUUGCUAUUCCCACGCCUACUGUCAGCCUACGCUGCAGGGACACUUCAUGUUCGUGGCUCGUGUUCUGGUUGGAGACUACGUUAAAGGCAACGCCACCUAUGUCCGUCCCCCAGUGAAGUGUGCGGACAAGCUGUGGUUGUAUGACAGCUGUGUGGAUGAUGAGUUAAAUCCUUCUGUUUUUGUUGUCUUUGAAAAACACCAGAUUUACCCAGAGUACAUAAUAGAGUAUAAAGAUGAGAGAAUAAGCGAGCAGAAAGUGGCGGGAAUAAGAGAGCAGAAAGAGACAGGAAUAAGAGAGCAGAAAGUGGCGGGAAUAAGAGAGCAGAAAGAGACAGGAAUAAGAGAGCAGAAAGUGGUGGGAAUAAGAGAGCAGAAAGAGAUAGGAAUAAGAGUGUCUAGAGAUGAGGGAAAAAAAUGUGUUAUAUCUUAGAGGAAUAUGGCAGUUUCUGUCCCUCAUCUUGUUUUUCGUAUUGAAGGUGUUCUUACACUUGGUGACUUCUUUCUUUUUAAUACAGUUCUUUGGAAUGUUAAUCCAAUUUUUGCAUUGAGGAGGGCUGGCAAAGCAGAUGUUACAGUUGCUGUGACUGCCUUAUCUUCUUCUCUUCCUCUCUUAAAUGAAGCGCAGACAUUUCCAUAACCAUAGCAGAAAAAUCAGAAUUGUGGGAUGGGAAGUUGAAUGUUAUGACUGCUGUGGGCAAAUAAUUGUAAAUGCAUCGUCUAAAAAAAUGGAGAGGACUUCUCUUCACAAACAGUUAAAAGAAAAAUUAACAGUACAGUAGUUUUAAAGGAAGCCUUCAGGCUUUUAGUAGCCAGAGAUGCUUUUCAGUGCAGAAUUCAUCUGUUCUUGAUCCUCUCAUCUAUCAUUAUUAUAAACAAUUCAGUAUAGGUAAUAAUGACUUGAGUUUGUUUUCAAAGCACUGCUUGUUAAUGCUCGUACAUGUUUUGAGUUAAAGUGAUAAACAGAAAAAGAAAAGGCAUAUUUUAAAUCCAUGUUGUUAGUUCUCGAGAAUUUUCAUCUGUACAAUGGCAGAUGGAUCAGAAAGCUGUUGGAUCAGAUUCUUUGUGGAAAUGUGCAGUAACUUGCUGUAACCUAUACAAAAGCAGAGCUCAACUGAAACUGUGAAAGCCACCACAUGUGAGUAAGCAGAUACCAAAAUUUGGUGGUUUGGCUUCAACUAAUGGCCAUAAGUACACAAAGGCUGUGUCCCAACGAGCCAGGCUUUUCAGUGGAUGUGGCCACGUAGCACAAUAGGACAUGAGAAACUUAAGGAUCAUAGAGAUGUUCUGUCCUGUUUGUGCAAUAAUUUUCGUUUUUCCAGAUUAGAAUGGGACCGAAAGAGACCAGUUAGGUUCUCUUGAGGCCAGUGGUAGAACUGCUGUCCUAAGGCACCGUCCGCAUGUUCUGCUGCCCACUUGCCGGGGGCAGGGUGCUGACAAGUGAGGAUCCUCUUUUUGUUUUGGGGGUGAUCCUGGGUCAGAAACCUGUGCAGAUUCUACUGGAUGUUAGCUGGGAGUCUGUAAGUGGAUCAGACUGAAUGCCCUCUGUACAAAAUGCCAUAUUCAGGCAGUUUAGCUGUUCAGAGGGAAACUGGGAGUGAGGACAGAAGAGCAGUCAUUUUUACCUUCAGAUAAGCUUUACAGAAACACCAAUAGCCUCUAAGGUUUUUGCAUCUGUGAUAGAAAUCUGUCAACCACUCAAAGAUAGCAAGUUCUUCCCAAGAGGAAUGUAAAAUGAAAUCCAGAAAAUCUUAAUAAAAUGACUUAGAACUAAAUAAAAACAUGCGAAGAUUUUAGCACUUUUUAAGAUCUUUCUCUUGUUUGCCUGUAGAAUUCCUGAAUUACUGAGCUUGCUGUAUUUGCAAAUAAAACCUGUUUUCAGGCA